GAUUUUUGUACAGGCAUAUUCAUGGACAGCUAUACAGUUGUAAACAAGGGUCCUUUAACGUGUAGCACAUGUUUUCUAUGGUUUUCCUUCGGCAACAGCAUCCACUUGACAACUGAAAACACCACUGUCUGCCAGAAAGGUGGCCGUCACUUGAUGACUUUGUGGUAACUGCAUAAAGAGUAGCGAUGGCUCGACCUGCUCCAUGCCCAAUCUACAUCCUGAGGGGUGCUGGCGGACCCAUCAAUACCCUUCACUUCAGUUGCCAUGGAAGGGACACUCCUCUCCUGUUCUCUGGAUCAGGGAAAGGCGCCAUUCAUAUGUGGAGUCUGAACAUCAGGAGAGCCGAAAGAAUUGUAGAAGGUCAUUCUGGGAGUUCAGUCAUCUGGGUCAAUACACUAUCCUCAACAGAUACACUUAUUAGUCAGGGACGGGACAUGAGAGUUUGUGUGUGGGAUCUGGGUCAAGGUCGCAGUGAACUGGUGGACUCUCUGAGUACAGGCAGCGUUGGAUUCUGUCAGUGCUCCAUGCUGGAGACAGGAUCGAGGACUUGCCUGCUUGCUUUUGCCGGUCAACAAACUGAGGAGAUCAAUAUUGUUGAGCUUCCUAGUAAGACUCCAGUUUGCACCCUGGUACCGGAUGAAAAGUUGGGGAUGGUCAUGUGUGUCAAGAUGUGGCAGCCACACUCAGGUGGACCCGUCUUGCUGGCCGGGUACGAAGACGGAUCCCUGUUGUUAUGGGACAUAACCCAGAAAUCCAAGUUGAGUCAAACCAAAGCCCACCAUGAGCCUGUCAUGUGCCUGACCUUCGACCCUGAGGUACUGAGGGGCAUAUCUGGAUCUUCGGAGAAGCAACUGUCCUCGUGGAUCCUGGACGGACAAAAUAACCUGCAGCUCCAAGACCAUGUGACUCUAACCAACCCUGGCGUUUCUCAGCUGUGCAUCAGAGGAGACGGUAAACUGUUAGCAUCAGCCGGCUGGGACCACCGGGUACGGAUAUUUGGCUGGAAACAUCUGCGACCUCUGGCAGUCCUGCAGUACCACAGCGACAUGGUGCUCAGCGUUGCCUUCUCUGACCACGAGGACCCGAGGCAAAGGCUUCUAGCUGCUGGAUCUAAAGACCAAAGGAUCAGUUUAUGGUCAAUAUACAAUGAAGGACCUGGUACAUUGUGACCAUUUGGUUCUACUUAAAGACAAGGUCUAGGAUAAUAGCAUUAUCUAAUGACCAAUGUGAUACCCAAUAAGUGUAUUUUUUGUUGUUUUGCUACGACCAUUAGAAUUAUCAUUAGAAUAGAGAAGUGUUGUUUUUCUGUCUACAGUCUAAUAAUAUCUCCCGAGUCAAUGAGCAGCACACGUAGAGGACAAAGGCCAUGGCUUCAAACGCUGGACGUUCUGCUCCAUAAAGGCUUUUCUCUUGGGAUGACUGGGAUGAGAGGCUCAGCACGCUCUACAGGAAAGACCUGAGGAGUCAAACAGCCUGACCAGGGUAAUGACUUAUUCCAUGAUACAACCGCUGUGGAAAAUAACUUUUGAACUGAAUUUUGACUUGUUAUUUUCUUCCAUUUUGUCUCGGCCUUUUUUUUUUUUUGCCGAAAAAUUCUCAUUCACGACUAAUCAUUGAUAAAUAUAUGAUAAUACAGGUAGAAUUAAAAUUUAAAAAGCCCUAAAUUUUUCCAUGUUUAUAGGCUCCAGAAUGCCUGCGACCCUCAUGAGGAUGAGCAGUAUAGAAAAUGGAUGAAUGUCUUUUUUUUUCAUCAAUCGUUGAGAUUGUUCAUCAGUCCUAACGAUGAAAGGAUGCAAGGGUCACUUUUAUAUUUUGUAAACAAACUCAUAUAGAACUUUUCUUCCUAAAUAAUGUGUGUCAAUUUUAGUUCUUUAAUAUUAUGACUUUUUGUCAUAUUCUAACUUUUAUUAAACUGUGUUUGCGUAUCAUCUACUAAAAUGACAUUAUUUUUCCUUAUGGUAGUACCGGUUUAUUCUUGGAACUUUUUUUCUCAAUAUUUUUGUAUUCUUGUUAAAUUACUGUUUUUCUAAUCUUGCUGUUGUUUAUUUUCAUUUUGCUGUUCAAUUAUAUUUUUUCAAAUGCCAAUAAAAGAAAUGUUGCAGGCCGCACUACUGCUAGAUAAUUAGUGGUUAACCAUUACUAGUUAAUAAAUUAGGGAUGCUCCAAUCAGGGUUUUAUUCCGACACUUAUCAUCCAUUAGCGAAAUAGGUUGAUACUGAUCACAUGUUUGAAUUCAUUUUUUCAUUUCAUUUUUCGAGUGGUUAGCGCGCAGACCUCACAGCUAGGAGACCCGAGUUCAAUCCCACCCUCGGCCAUCUCUGUGUGGAGUUUGCAUGUUCUCCCCGUGCAUGGGUGGGUUUUUUCCGGGUACUCUUGUUUCCUCCCACAUUCCAAAAAACAUACUAGGUUAAUUGGCGACUCCAAAUUGUCCAUAGGUAUGAAUGUGAGUGUGAAUGGUUGUUUGUCUAUAUGUGCCCUGUGAUUGGCUGGCGACCAGUCCAGGGUGUACCCCGCCUCUCACCCAAAGACAACUGGGAUAGGCUCCAGCACCCUUCGCAACCCUUGAGGAGAUAAGCGGCAGAAAAUGAUGAAUGAAUAAUUUGUAAUGAUUGCUGUUCCUCAGGGUUAGGGUUAGGGAAAAGGACAAUUCCAAGCUCCCUUAACUGCCAGGAGGUCCAAAAAUAGGUAAUUACUACCAAAAAUGUCUAAUUAAUUAAUAAAUGUUAUGAUUUUUUUUUUAAUUCAUAGGACUCAGAAUUCCUCUCUGCACUCUUGCUAUUGGCUAUAUGACAUGGAAAUGAUAAAAUCACCUUCUGAAACUUCCGUUUGACUGAUUUUCCCGCCGUGAGCUUCGAAAUCUCACCAUCAAGUGUUAUUAAUUCAACUCAUUCAAUUAAUUAAUUCAAAUAAUUCAAUUAAGUGCCGUAUUAAUUCAAGCUUUUUAAUGUGCUACCCCCACAACGCAUAGUUCAUGGCAAGUUCCAUACGGCAGACAUGUUUGUUUUUAGUUUUGGCAAUGUAAAGGAAAGUGGGAGGAGGACGGGACCCAAGACGUUAUAGUUACAGUAAGACACAACCCUUCUAUAUAGUGAUAGUGAUAAGCUUUGGUGGACGAUGUUGAAAGGCCAAUCAUGUGCUUUUUCAUGGAAAUCAGUUGAUUGCAGCAUCCCUAAAUGUGUUUAAUAAGUGAGUUUGGUAUAUUUUAGGGUUUAAUCCUGGAUCGUGUCAUGAGUCAACAUAGGGAAUUGAAGAGAGAAAUGCAGGGUUCUGGACUAAAAAAAAAAAUCUAAAAUUACACAAUCAAGAUUACAAGUAGACAAAAGCUUAUCACUUACUGGUGGUUCUGGAAUGUAACAUUUUUCUGAUUUUGUCUAACAAAAUGACUAUUCUAAUGGUUGCAGUGCUUGAUGAAAAUGUUUUGCACCUUGUUUAGGAAAUGUUCUCAUUUUUGCUCCAACUGGAUCUCAUUAGUUUAUCCAGGUGUUACCUUAGUGACUGUAAAUAUUAGGAAUGAUAGAAGAACUUUUCCUGCUCUCUUUUCUGUCUAGCUGGGUUUUAAUGGCGUGUUUUCCUUGUUCCCUGCAGAGGUCUGUCUAUGCCUUUUGUCCCUGACCUCUCCGCUGACAUCUCCUAUUCAUAAUAGCUUCCUAAGUCUCGUGUUGGCUUUGAACAAACACCAGCGGCGGCGUGGGCCAGCUUCCGUCUUUUCUCUGAUAAAUCAAAUGCCAGGUCCAUUGGUGCAGAUGUCUUCUGAAUGGAGCAGACAGCAACCCACCGGUGUAGGCCGCGGCUGGUGGGUGUCGUAAAUCACUUCAUAAUGGAUCUUUUAGGAAGUCAAUAAAUGGACAAGAAGACCCCCCCCCCCCCCCCCCAACUACAAUAGACCCUGUGCUUCACUUAUCAGCUAACGUGUGUGUCUUCUUUGGAUUUGAAGGUCAGAGUUCAGCUCCAGUUUUGGGUUUGUGGGUAGUGUGUGAUACCAGACAGUUUAUUUAGAGGUCAUGAUGCUGAAAAAUAAGGUAUAUUUAUAAAAAAAAAUAUUUAAAAAAAAUAUAAAAUAAAAAAUAAAUUUAAAAAAAUAAAAUAAAAAGUUCCAUGCAUCUCGUAGAAUUUUUAUGCAUUUUUUGAGGGGAUAAAUGUGAACUGAAAAAAAAUUGAAGGUCAGAGUUCAGCUCCAGUUUUGGGUUUGUGGGUAGUGUGUGAUACCAGACAGUUUAUUUAGAGGUCAUGAUGCUGAAAAAGAAGGUAUAUUUUCACAAAAAUAAUGUAUAUAUUCUAAUCCAAGGUAAUCACAAAAUAUCUAAAAAAGAAAAAAAAGACAAAAUAAAAUAAAUUAAAAAAAAUAAAAAUUUCCAUGCAUCUUGUAGAAUUUUUAUGCUUUUUUUUUGAGGGGAUAAAUGUGAACUUAAAAAGAAAUUGAAGGUCAGAGUUCAGCUCCAGUUUUGGGUUUGUGGGUAGUGUGUGAUACCAGACAGUUUAUUUAGAGGUCAUGAUGCUGAAAAAGAAGGUAUAUUUUCACAAAAGUAAUGUAUUUAUUCUAAUCCAAGGUAAUCACAAAAUAUCUAUAAAAAAAAUACAAAUAAAGAAAAAAAAUGAAUUAAAAAAAUCAAAAAUAAAAAUAAAAAGUUCCAUGCAUCUUGUAGAAUUUUUAUGCAUUUUUUGAGGGGAUAAAUGUGAACUGGAAAAAAAAAAACAGUCCUUACAUACUGGUGUCCCUGAUAUUGGCCUUCAUGCAGCAGAUGUUCCACAUGCAGAUAAGUGUGACAUGAUGCUUUAGGUUGCAUUGCCAUCCAUCAUCGAUCUCCUCAUACUUCAAUGACAUCUUCGGCAUCCUGUCACAGCUCUCUUUUGUAGUUUGUCUUUUUCUGGCAGAUGGAUCGUGCAUUUAUGUUAUUCUUUAAAAUGAAACCAUAAUGGUGUUUAAGGUUUGUGUAGGAUCAACGCGUGGAACUGGAGAAUGUCCAUUGGGAACUAUAUACAUUCAUUUAUGCACCAACUGGAUAAAAAACAAAAAUUGUACUAGUAAUGCUAGAUAUUGUAAAUAUUCUACAUUUUUCAAUUUGUCAUUUGAGUAACUUUGCAUUAGUUUGCAAAGUUUAUGAUUCCCAUUUCUUCCUAAAAUAUCCCAAAAUCUACACUUAGAAUCAUGUUUCUACAAUUGAGAGAAUUGCAUUUGAAGGGUGAACAUUAUUACUUUUUUGGGGGGGGCGCUGUUUUUAUUCUACAAUAAAAUGCAUUUUAUAGGUUUCCAGAGUAUAACAGAAACAAUAAUAUUGUUAAUAAAAUAAUAUUGAUUACUAAUGACUCCAUAAUGUUAUGUAGGUAAUGUAAUAAUGUAGGUUCAAUGUGUUCUCUAUAGGACUGCAAUCUACCUGUUGCGGUUGGUGAGGGAGGUAGAUUACAUUGAAAUUGAAAUUGGCCAUGACACACAUGCUUUACACACACUUAAUAAUAAUAAUAAUAAUACAUUUUAUUUGUAUAGCGCUUUUCAAAAUACUCAAAGACACUUUACCGAAGAAUGGAGUUGAAUAAAAGCAAGUAAACAGAGUAGAAGACGCACCAAAAUACAACAUUCACUUGACACACACUUUUAUGUCCAAUAUAUCUUGAAUAUUUUCACCUUAUUGUGUAUGUUUACAUUGUAUAAUUCAUACAAUGUAAAAUAAAUAUGUUUACAAAAUCAAGCACUUUUCAUCUGUCGCUUGUUUUUUGUUGGGGGGUUUAUGUCACAAGCAAGAAGGACCUUUCAUGUUAGCAUCUCCAAAAGUUGCUGAUGGCUGGUCACCUUUUUGAAAAAGACCAGAGGGGUCUGAAUACUGGCUUAGUAUAGCAACAAAGUCCCAAAGUUGUUAACACUGAUCCCUCCUGCAACGUCUUCUUAUUCACUUGUAGACCAGGUGCAUACAAAGUGUGUUAAGAUACCGAGUUAUCAUCAACAGUCACAGACUAGUCCCAUUAUAAUGGGUUUAUGAGCAGGGCAAACAGAUGCAGUGUAGCACAAAAUCUAUUUGUGUGCCCAAAUGUAAGUAAAUGUACGUAUGUAAUGUAAAGAUAAAAGUUGAAAUAUUGUUAACAAUAAUAACUAAUAACUAGUCCAAGUGUCAGUUCAUUGAAAAGCUACAAUCACAAAAGCCUUUUAACCCCUAACUGUUGUCCAUCCGGUCUUGCAAAUGACCCCCCAUGGACCGCUGGUCCCAUGCUGUCAUCCUGCUCACCGAGUCUCGACACCUGCAGGCCGGCGACUGCGGACCAGGAGACUUAGACAAUCUCCAAGCUCCGCUUCCUGACCAGACUAAACAGGAUCAUAUACUGAACAGCGUGUGUGCUGCUUGUUCACCCCCAUUGAGAAACAGAGCUUCAAUUCGAAGUCAUUGCUUGUAUUUAAAAAACACAACAAUUACUAUUUUUUUUUCAUGCCAGAAAUGAAGUAUUAUAUUGUAAAAUUCAAUGAGACACCAUGAAAGUAAAGCAAUCAAUUAGUCUGUGUUUAAAUGAGUGGAAACAUUAUUUAACCUUUGACACCUUUACAAGCCAUUAAACAGCAAGGGGUCAAGCGCCCUCAGGCAUCCUUUCGUUUCGACCCCCCCCCACGCUUCCCUCUUAAUGGCAGCUGUGUUCCAGCAGAGGAAAAUACAUAAUUGAAAAUGAAUUAUUAGGGGAGAGUUUCCCUUUGUAUCAUCACACACACACACACACACACAUACACACAAACGCUGCAGCGAGGCUUUUUCAGCGACUAAGAUGAACCUUGACAACAAAGCAUUCCUCAUAUUGGACAGGGGAAAUGGCUGCACCAAUAUCCUUUAUCUUGAAAAUAUCACCAAACUGUCCCA